ACAUGGCGGGAUAGUACAAUCAUUGAUCAGAUGUCUCGAGUAAAGGUCGCAAGACAACGUGACUGUAGAAAAAAACAUUGCAGAACUGAAAAGUAAAACGAAAAAACGGCUAUACGAUUAUAUUGCCGAUUUAUUUGGCCACUUGGUUAGAUAAGAAAAAGAAAAUUCGAUUCAGAUUAUCAACACCAUCAAAUCCGAAUAAUACAAACUGAUACUAAGGGGAGACGGGACGAAUUUUUUUGCUUGCCUCGACGUCAUGCAUUCAAGUAGUUUACGACGCCAAAGGUCCACUUUUCUUGUCUUCUCUUUGGUCGAGCUGAAAAUUAUGUUGAUAUUUAUUAUAUAGCGUGACACAAUGGAGGAUAACACUGGGACACCGCCUGAAUCUGCAAACCGCAGCAAAUGGGAGAAUUUCGAUGAGGAGAAUAGAGAAAUUAACGGCCAUUGUCAAGAGAUUUCCGUUCGUGAAAAAUUACCUCUGGUAGAAAACCACCUUUCUGAAAACUGUGAAUUAAUUAACGAUCCAAAAGCUCUCAGUCAGCCAGGCAAUUCUUCACUUAAUAAGGAGAAUGGACUCACAGGAACUGACUCUAGGGAGAAUUUACCGGAGAAAUCUAAAGAUUCGGAGACUUCACCGAGUAAGAUAAACACUCCACAGCAAUUUGAUCUUGAACCUGGCGUUGAUUCUUCGAAUCUUUUGGAAACAACCUCCGAUCAAGCUACUGAUAAGGAGCUAGGCGCUCGCGAAUCUUCUUCAAAAUCUAACAAAGGAGAAUUGACAGCCGGGGAAAAUUCUAUUCAAUCGAAAGAUUUCUCAAAAAGUAAGGCAGAUGUUGUUGGAGGCAAAUUGAACGGCGUGAGUGGUGGUUAUACUCGUUCAGCAGCUGACGACGGAGUGCUUGCUGGAGAAAACAUUAUUCCUUCAGGACAGUGGACUACGUUUGAGGAAAGUCGCGGAGACGGUACAUCGACAAAUGAUUCUAAAAGAGCAGAAGGUUCCUCGAUCGCCAAAGACCUGAAUAUAAACACACCCACGACAGAUUCGAACAUGGCGGCGUUUGAUUCCCAAGCCGCAUUAACCACAAACAUUAUCUCCAAUUUGGCUACUGUAACUGAAAUUGAAGCCAUUCAGGCGAAUUCUUCAUCCAUUAACCACGGAGAAAUAGCUAAAAAUCUACCUUCAAAUUCGCAUUCGCCCACUGCGAGCAGCAUGAAAUCAGCUGUUCCCAUUGUAAAUCGGGUUACAACACUCGAGAAAGGCACUCUCCGCUCGACUUCAAGUAAUUCUCAGCAGCCGCAAGUUGGUAAUAGCUCUGUUACAAAGCAAAGUAAAGACGAGCUUGGAUCUAACUGGGUCAGUUUUGGCGAGGAGGGGAAUUCGAGCGAAAGCCAGAAAGCAGGUUUAGACGGAAAACUUGGUAACUUAGAAACGAAGAAGCGUCUUGUCGAAAGUGAUCUUCAAAAGCCGGAUUCAGCGGUUGAAAACGCGAAACAGAGCGUAAAUACCUCUGGCUUACAAGCAGAAAAGGUAGUUAAUGGUAAAGGAUUAAACAAAACGAUCUCAGCAAUUGCUCCGGUAUCGUUUACUUCGGCAGAACUGGAUUUACUUGCGAGUAAGUCGUGGAUUCAAUUUAAUGAUUCAAGCACAAGUAAAAAGGACGUUCAGCAAACGAAUUCAAGUGCUGCUUCAACUUCAGUCCAGCAGUCUUGGGUCAAGUUUGGUGAUUCGACCGGCCUAGUAGGACAGAAUCUGGACUUGUUGGAGUUGGAUGUUAGUGGCAAAACUAACUUAAAUAGUGCAUCAUCAAGCCCAAAUCCAUUCAGCACUAUGCCAUCCACUUUGGGCAGUAAUCCUUUUAAACCAGAUGCAAAGCCGAGCCCUGCUAAUCCAUUUCAAGCUGAUGCCAAUGCAGCAAAUGGAUCAACUGCAUAUCCAACAUUGACUCAAGGUCCCAUCUCCUCCUCGACGCCCCUCUCUGGCACGAAAACCUUGUUGGUUUCAGAACCCACUGCUGCACUGACCAUUCCACACCAAGGACCCCUCAGUGAUGAUUCUAAUUCACUACACAAACCUGAAUUGGUUGUAAUUCAAGAUCAAGUGGACACAAGACCUGUAGAACCAGUCAUUCAUGAUCAGCAAUCCACUGAAGCAAAUAACAAACCCCUUCUUGAAGAAAAGCCAUUGAUAACCAGUGGUUCAUGGUCUAUGCUUCUGCGCUUCCCUGACAAGAAGCGCAAAAUUGGCUCACGUGAGUGGAAACCUGUGGUUAUAAAGCUGGAGGGUACCACGUUGCAGAUUUUUGAGGAAUAUGAAUUGUCUGCACCCUUUCGAGAGAUCCCACUGCAGGCUUAUUUUGUGUUCACAGCACCAAAGUUACAGUCAUUUGAGCAUGGGGCCAAAGUUCAUACAGUUAAAUUAGAGUAUGUCAAGUACAUCGAAGCAAGAAGUUUGCGACAUCGUGGCACCAUCGAGCACACAGCACAAGGAACUCCGAUCAUUAAAAUUGCAUCUCCAAGUCACUUAGUAAUCAAAGAACUCUUAGAAUCUUUCAACAAUUCACUUCGCCUUCUCCCAGCCUACAGAGACAGGGGCAUCACUUACCGUCACGAUGAAGUCUUUGUUGAUGUUGAGGAUCUGACCAAUGUUAUUUUAUCUGGUGAUGGUACUGUUCUAAAGAAAAAUUCCAAAGUGUUGAUCAAGUUUCGAGCUUUUCUAACUGGAGACCCUGAAUGCCAGUUGGUACUGAAUGACAUUGUUCUCAGGGAGAGAGAAGAGGCUCGCCUGCGAGGAGAGGAGAAACCACAGCGGGUUCAUCACUGGGUUAAACUGCGCCAUUGCGAUUUUCACAAAUGCGUAGAUGUCACAACCUUCGACCAGUCGCAUGCGAUAACCUUUCAUCCUCUAGAUGCAUGCACAUUUGAGCUGAUGCGUUUUCCUGUGGAUCACCAUAAACCUCUACCCCUCCUUGUAAAAACAGUGUUGAAUGUACACAGCGAGCAAAGAAUUGAACUCAAAGCUGAAAUCCAAGUCUGCCAGGAAACUAAGAUGGCAAAGUAUUUGAGAAACAAUGUGGUUUUCAGAUUUCCAAUUCCUGAGUCAUGGGUACCUCUCUUUAGAACAUCGAAAGCCUUCAGAGGGGAGAAAUCCAUUAAAUCCAGUAAGGGCAGGCGUGCUGCAGCAAUUAAGAGCAGGCUGAGGAAUUCCAAGUGUUCCAUUGCGGUGUCUCUUGGCAAAGCAAAGUACGAGCCGGAAUAUGGUGCUGUUGUGUGGCACAUUGAUCAACUGCCAUUCAUCCACAGCAAAAUCCCAGCUGAUGCUCCCCAGACACUCACGUGUGUCUUAGAUCUUCCUCCAGGCAUGGAAUAUCCAGAAAACUACAAACCCAUGGCAGAGCUUGAGUAUGACAUCGCCUAUGUGUUAGUCUCUGACACCACUGUCAUCGCAGUGAAAGUGUCCAAUCAGAAUAUUCCAGAGAAGUGGGUCUGCUACAGAGCAUUGUACCACUAUGACGUCAACAUUGAAAUCUCAAGGCCAUCUAGUGGACCAGUCAGAGAUGUUGGAUGUACGCAGCAGUGAGGCAACCAGUAGCACUGCUUUCAGUAAUAACUGAUGAAGUUGAACAUGCAAUGUGGGACUGAGUGUGACAUGGUGCUGUGAAUAAAGGUUCUAUUAGCUUGCAAUCAAAAGGCAUGGAAAUUUUUAGUUCUUUCAUUUCAACCUUGGUACUUUAUUGUCAUUUGAAAGAAAGGGUUUCUCUCUGAAUUCCUGGUUCUUAUAAUUAUUUUAAAUUGCAAACAUUGUUAUUAAGCUUUUUAUUAAAUAUUAAAAUAAUGUACAUGUGAGUGUGUCCAAACUAAUUUCAAACUUCCAUAAUGUUUUUAUAGAAACAAUUUUGUUGAGAACAACAGUAUUUUCUCUUUUCAUCUGAAGUUUGUUUUGAAGGCUUUAAGUUCUUUUUGGUGGUGUUUGUUUUAAAAAUACAUUUUAUAAUUGUUUUAUUAGCCUGCUUACUGUGCAAGAAUGGCUUAUACUGUGACAGUUUAGAGUAACAGCUUUAUAGCUUAUUUUGUCAAAGUGCUGCAAGAGUAGACAACAAUCAUAAAGAAGCUUUAAAUUGUGUUGUUAAAGAUUAACUCCUUUUGUUGAAAAGCAAAGUUUAAUUUCUUUUUCAUUCAGAAAAGAUUUUUUCACAGUAUGACACUCAUCACACAAUGUGUGUUAGAACUUUAAAGGGAGAGUUUCAUGGUUCAGCACAUGUCUCUAAAUCAAAAUACUUUUGUUUGCUUCUUCCUUAUUUUUUUUUUUUAAUUUUCCAAAAAUACAGUAUUUGCUGCCAGAAGAAUGUAGGUCAUUAUGGUAUUUCAUGUUGUUGAUUGUUUGGCUAAUAAUGAUCAGAGUCAAAUGUCUGCUGAGUUAUUAUUCAGUAAAUUUGUUGUCAAACAGGCCAGUGAUGAAAACAGAGGAUAAUCAUUAUUGACUGAAGGAUGUUACCUUUAUUUACGUGAAUCACAAAAUUCUCAGACCUAACACUGUAGUAGGGGUAAUGCAGCCACUGAGGAGACAUUCUAUUUUGAGCAUUGGAUUACUAAGGUUGUAAAUAACGCUUUUUUAACACUUGUGGUCAAACCGGUUUUUUUUACUGGUAAAAUUUCACUGAAAAAUAAUUAAUUUUUUAGUCUGAACUCUUUCAUUAAUUUUAUGAUGGUAUUAAUUUUCAUUAUAAAUGUUCUGUAAGUUAUGAGCAGUAAUGUGAUGCCUAGUAAAUAAUUGGACAGGGUGAAAACAAUUUACAAUGUAAUAGGAGAAUAUUAUAAAUUAACGGUUGUAAUGUUGUGUAUUAUAUUCUUAAGAUAUUAAUUGUGAUCAUACAUGUAGCAAUAAGUGGAUUGAAGGUACACACAAAGUAGUAAAUGAGAUGAUCAAUUUUAUAUAGAUAUGUAAUAUGUUUCCAUCUUCUUACUACUGGAAAACUACCCGAGUGACCUACAGAAAAGAAAUAGAAACUAAGAGAGUUUCUAAAAAGAGUGCCAUGAAAAAGCUAUUUUACAGCGGUUGUCAUUAUUACAUGCAACCUUUAACACAAAAACGUCUUGACUAAACCUAACCGCCUCCUUGCCAACUGUAUGCAAAAUUUACCUGAAAAAAAAAGUCUGACACCUUGCAGCAGUCCACUCGUAAAAAUUAUCAUUUUACUUUCGGUAUGUACGGCUAGCUCACUAAAUACAUUGACAUUAAACAAUCCUUGAAAUCUAUGAAUGAAGUUUUUCUGUUUUUUCAAUGACCAUUCACAUGCAUGGAUGACCCCAAAAUCAAGCAAAUCUGCAUGUGAGCAAACAAAUUAUUUCUGCACGAAUUUUUCUUGGGGUUACGGACUGAACAAUACUUAAACCUAUAGAAUUUAUAACUUAUUACCUUACAAAAUUAUAAGGUUUAUAAGACAUUUAAGUCUUGUUCAGUCCAUAGCCCCAAGACAAAUAUGUACAGAAAUAAUUUAGUUUGUGUGUAGAUUUGCUUGAUCUCGGGGUCAUUCAUGCAUGCGAAUGGCCGUUGAGAAACCCGAUCUGCCCAUCUUCAGUUACAAAUAUCAAGGAAUAUUUAAUGUCAGUUUAUUUAGUGAGCUAGCUGAGCAUACUGAAAGUAAAAUGAUAAUUUUUAC